CUGGCGGUGAGGCGAGCGACAAGCGGCGGCGCGGAGGCCUUGGUCGGGUCCGAAGCAAGAGAGGCAAAGGAGGAACUCUAGGCCGCCAUGUUUUCUUUCAACAUGUUUGAUCAUCCGAUUCCCCGAGUCUUCCAGAACCGUUUCUCAACUCAAUACCGUUGUUUCUCAGUGUCAAUGCUUGCUGGGCCUAAUGACCGAUCCGAUGUGGAGAAAGGAGGGAAAAUAAUUAUGCCUCCCUCUGCUUUGGAUCAGCUCAGUCGACUGAAUAUUACCUAUCCUAUGUUAUUUAAAUUGACCAAUAAAAAUUCAGACCGUAUGACCCACUGUGGUGUGCUUGAAUUCGUGGCAGAUGAGGGCAUAUGUUAUCUUCCACACUGGAUGAUGCAAAACCUCCUUCUGGAAGAAGGGGGCCUUGUGCAAAUAGAGAGUGUAAACCUUCAGGUGGCAACGUACUCUAAAUUUCAACCUCAAAGUCCUGACUUCCUUGACAUCACCAACCCCAAAGCGGUAUUGGAAAAUGCACUGAGAAAUUUUGCGUGCCUGACCACCGGGGAUGUGAUUGCCAUCAACUACAACGAGAAGAUAUAUGAGCUUCGAGUCAUGGAGACUAAACCCGACAAAGCAGUGUCCAUCAUAGAGUGUGAUAUGAAUGUAGACUUCGAUGCGCCCUUGGGUUACAAAGAGCCAGAAAGGCAGGCGCAGCAUGAGGAAGCCACAGAAGGUGAAGCAGAUCCUGGCGACUAUGUGAGUGACAAAGGAUUCCGCGCGUUUUCAGGAUCUGGAAACCGAUUGGAUGGGAAAAAGAAAGGUGUUGAAGCGAAUCCUUUUCCUAUUAAACCCGGAGACAUCCGAAGAGGCAUUCCUAAUUAUGAGUUCAAGAUUGGCAAGAUCACCUUCAUCAGGAACUCGCGGCCGCUGGUCAAAAAAAUCGAAGAAGACGAUCCUGGACAACGCUUCAUUGCCUUUUCGGGAGAAGGCCAAUCGCUGCGCAAGAAAGGAAGGAAACCCUAAAUCCUGAAUCCUUUGGCUUCCAAACAAUAAAAUAAUGCUGCAGUA